AUGGCGGCCCCUCCAGCGCGAAGAGCUCCCUACAAGGACACACUGCAGCCGGCCUUGCAUAGGCGCUUCUCGUCCACGGCCACCGUCCUGCUCGCCGUGUCCUACCUUGAGGCCGUCCUCCUGGCCAGCUGGUCCUCCUACUUUUGGUCCUGGUUUCCGAUAGGGCCCACGGGCGUCCGAACCGCCGUCAUCUUCUCCUGCGGCCUCGCCAUCCUCGUGCUUCGGAUAGCUCACUACCAUGUUGGCCUGCAGACGACGGGCUCCGGCCUGCAGACGUUGACCUCCUCCCUGCUGAGCUUGAAGACGUACGAGAUGGGCUUCUGGUACGGCGCGUCGAGUUUGCUGUUCUGCCCCGUCUUCCUCCUUUCCAUGUCCGACGCGUCGAACCUGCAGUGGAUCACCUACUUCGGCGGCCAUCGAGCGAGGCUGAACGAACGACCGCUGUUCCUGCUUUGCUACCUCGGAGCGUGCGCCCUGCUGCAGACCUUGAAGCAUUUCCGGCAUGACAUCGACCGACUGGACCUCGGCCCCCGAAGAGGCCGCAAUGGAGAGCCAGCCCACGGCACUUGGGGCAUGGUGCCGAAACCCUUCCGCGCCGUCCUCGUUCAGCUGCCCAUCAUCCUGGUCGGAUGCGUCACGCAAGCCAUCACGGCCACCCUGCUCUCCCUCGCGCUCUACUACCUAUUCCUCCGCUCCUUCGCAUGGGGCUGGGCCCUCGCGCUCCUGCGGCCCUUUUUCAACCUGCCCAAGACGAGCAUGCUCCCGCCCACCUUGCCCACCGACUUGUACCUGCUUGGCCGUUGCCUGUACGCCGGCAUGCUCAUCAGUCUUGUUUGGUCCGCCGGCAACGCCGCCUUCUCCAUCCUCAUGGUCAAGGAGCCUCUGAAGAACGGGAAACCGUUGACGUCGGAAUCCAAGGACCCCAACGGCAGCGUGCUGAACGGCUUGAAGAGCAAGAAGCUGUCCAUCCAGGCAAGUCUUGACCGUCAUCAUUGCCUUUCAGCCCCGGCCCGGCAAUGGCUAACAUGGAAGCAGUCGUUUGCCAUGUGGGAGCUGGCGCUCAUCGCCCAAGAUUUUGGAACUCGCCGGCAGGCCAUUUACUGCGACAUUGACCGCAAGGACGGCUCCAUGUGGGCACAGAUCUACGCCAUCUGCAUGGCCCUCUUGAAGAGCAUCGAGGUCAACGUCGACAACUACGGCAAGCCGCCCGCCGUCGCCGCCGUCGAGCCCGCGGCCGCACCGCCGAAGCAGCGAGUUUCGGCGCCGCCGAGGGAGGAACCGAUACUGAGCCAGAGGAGCCCCGCGUCCGGCCUGAUGGGCGGAGUCGAGAAGGCGUUGGGCCAACUCGCCCGGGCACCGGGCCCGUCUCCCGUCUCGGAGCUCAGCCCCGUGGCCAAGAAGACGUGGAACAGCGCCAUGGACCGAAUGCUGAGCAAGGAGCGACAGGCGACGCUGUCGCCGGGGCACCUCAAGGGCGAGCUCGACCUGUGGACGGCGAAGCUCGUGAAGAUCCAAGGCGCCGGCACUCUGCUCCGACAGGACUUCCGCACUCGCUUCGCCGCCGCCGUUUUCGACGCGCCGUACGCCGAGCCGACGCUCUAUGCCAACGCCGGCCGCGCGCUCUGCCAGUUGGCGGUCCACAGUCUGGCCGAGGACCAGUUUGGCAACGUGCACCGGGACGUGGCGAGCAUAGUUCGCACGCUGACGUCGGUCAUUCGCAAGGUGGACGCACUCAAGGCCCGCUUUCCGAUGCACUGGACCGAUCCGUCCGGUAGCCGGGAGAGCCCCGAGAUCGAGUACAUGCUGGACGCUCUACGAACCGGCUUGGGUCAGGUCGUGGCCAAAUUCGAGCCGUACAGCGGCGACUUGACGCUCUCGCUCGGCGACAUUAGGCUGGCCAAGGAAGCUGCGGCCAAGCCCAUGGCGCCCUUGAGUGAAGGGACGCCGAAGCCGACGGGCACGUCCAGCGGCACAAGCCAUGCCGAAGGAAGCAGGGGAGAGGCUAGACGGCUGCAAAGGAGGGAGCAGAGACCGGAGAUGGAGCAAGUUCGCUUGGCUGUGGACAAGGUCGAGCCGCAUUGCCGUCGUCUCGUUCCCAGCAUCCCCUGCAGCCACAUGGACAACGGCCAGCGCCAGCACGGUGAUGCGGCCCGUGGAGACGGAUGUCGAGGCCAAGGCACCGACACUGGCUGGAUCCUCCCGUCGUCGUCGGGACCGAAUUCACCGAGGGAGAGUGGCUUCGGUCCUGCUCUCGCAGGAACAUGA